AUGAAUCGAAGUCCUAAAGUACCAAAACGCGGUACUAUUGAAUCUUUUUUCACUUCCCAAACAACGAAAAAGAAAAAAUGUGCUCUUCCCUUAAUUUCUAGUCAAUCAGAGAUCAAUCCAGCAGUUCAAACUCAAACUUCAUCUUCUAAAAGUGAACAAGAACGACAAGAGAAUAGUUUAUCAUCUUUUACGAACCAACCUCAACAACAACAACAAAAAUCUUUAGUUGAUGGUGAACAAGAACAAAAAGAAAAUCUUUUAUUAUCUUCUGUGAAUCAAAAGGAAGAAGAAAAAAUGAUUUCAUUGAUUAGUGAUGACGAAGAAGAACAAAUGUUAUCAACUGUGUCAGAAUUUACUGUGUCAGAAUUUACUGUGUCAUCAUCUUCAACAUCAAACUUACAGUUGUUAAAUGUUGGAGAUAUCAGUCGUUCAAGUGCUGAAAGGCCAACACAACCAAAGCUGAUUUCUUAUCCAAUCAAUAAAAAUAAACGUUGUUUUAAAAGUCAUUGGUUUUCACAAUUCGAUUG